UGUCCACAGCCAUUUCUUUUUCUUUCUUUCUAUCUCUCUUGUUUCUCCCUUCUUUCUUUUCCCUUCUCUGCCAACUUGUACCACCAAUCAGCCCUGGUAAAUUCACACCAGCACGUCUCUAGCCAUGGCUUCAGACCCGGAUUCCACUGUUCGCCAGCGCAAGCCCGAGAAGGAGAGCAGUCAAGCACCGCCUUCUGCAUCUCCCUCCAGGAAGAAGAAGAGCAAGAAGAGCGCUGACGACGAUGAGGUUGAAUACGAAAACCGCUGGGUCGACUUCGCCCGUGUCCUGACCUUCCUGCUGUUCGCGUCGUGCGGCCUGAGCUACCUCAUCUCGGGAGGAGAGUCCUUCUUCUGGAGCAUGAAGGUUCCGCCCAAGUAUCUACGGCUGGAAUGGUGGAAGAGCCAAUGGAAUGGUCCGCUCUACCUCACACCCGAAGAACUGCGCGCCUACGAUGGCUCCGACCCUGAUAAGCCCAUCUACCUCGCUAUAAAUCACACAAUCUACGACGUCACCGCUGGGAGCCGAAUGUACGGCCCGGGUGGCUCGUACAACGUCUUCGCCGGCGUCGACGCGAGCAGGGGCUUUGUGACGGGUUGCUUCAAGGAGGACCAGACACCCGACAUGCGUGGCGUUGAGGAAAUGUACCUGCCUCUGGAUGAUCCAGAAGUCGACAAGCACUGGACCAAGUCCGAGAUGAAGAAUCUUCGCGCACAGGAGAAGCGGCAGGCCGAGAAGAAGGUCUAUGAUGGCCUGAAGCACUGGGUAGACUUCUUUGGCAACAGCAAAAAGUAUACCUUCGUCGGCUAUGUCAAGAGACCUGCCGACUGGCUGGAGAAGGAGCCCAAGAGGGAGCUAUGUCCCCAGGCGGCUAAGGGCAGGAAGCCUAGGAAGGUGCCCGAGGACAAGAAACAGCCAUGAGGGCUGCAUGAAUGGUCUGCCAGAACAGCGGAGAGGGCUACAGCACCUCUUUCCAAUGCUACAACAUAGCUGUGUUGGUUUAGUCCUUCUUUCCCUCAAGAAAAGGAACCAUUGUAUAUAUUUCUAUAUGCACAAAGAAAAGUCUUGUUACGGUCUCU